AGAGAGACAGAGGAAGGGAGUGAGUGAAACAGAAAGAGAGAGAGAACGAGACUGACUAAAUCCUGUUCAGUGAAAGAGGGGGAGCACAUUCACACCCUUUAGAGGACUCAGGAAAAGAGUGAGAAUUAGAGUAACACACUGAGAUACCAUCUUCAGUCACAGCAAGGCUGCUGGGUUCUCAGUGAGGAGAUUCAGUGAAACAAACAUGUCCAGCUCAAUCCUGCGACGACAUUCCAGCAAAAAGGGAUUGGAGAACCUCCAGAGGAUCACUGUUCAGCGCAGCCUGGAGGAUGCGGAAGAAAUUGAGAGAGAACAACGACGACGUGCAAGAACCUGUUCCUCUACUGAGCCGUCUCAACCCACUGUGACCCCACAGAACAGCCCUCGCACUGCACAGCCUCUGGACAACCAGCAUCAGAAUGAUCUGGUUUCAAUCUGCCCAUCCUCUUUGGAAGAGGACGAAGGCUUCAGUGAUUGGACACAUUUGAGCAGACACAAACAGGGACAAAUGGAACAUAAAGAUGUUGAAACAAAUCUCAAUGGCUCCCGUGACUCAAAACUGCAGCUUUGUUCCAGCUCCGCUCAGCAAAGUAAACGGCAUGAUAUCAAUGUGUUUGACAGCACCCCAGUCAUACAGACCCGACCCCCCCUUUCAAAUCAGCAGAACCUAGAUGAGGAUGGUGAUGAUGAAGACUGGGGUGCCAGAGAGCAGGAAAGAAGAGAUAACAUUAACGCAGCAGAGGAGGAGGAGGAGGGAGAGACUAGACGGUGGUGUGCAGAGGAGGAAGAUCCAAGAAGGGUGAAAGGACAUGAGUCAUCUUUCUGGAAAAAACAAAACCAGAGCUGUGACAUGGAUGAGAAGCACUCAAAUAAUACUUUUAACCCUUGAACCCCCUAGAUGAAGAUUUCCUACACCUCUACUGUACUCCUCCAACAGAAUGGGAGACAAUACAGUACUAAUGGACAAGAGGGGAGGAGAACAAAUGACAGUGUGUCUGAGGAGGUGUUUGUGAAGAGCAGUGAGGAGGACCAGGAGCACAGACAGGAGACAGGAGAUCAUGAGGAGACUCAUGAGGAGGUGCAGAGGAGGAUGAGAGAGGAGGAGCGAGAGAAGAAGAGAAGGGAUGUGAUGGAAAAGCUGAAGAGGUUGAGUAUAUCCAGUGUAGAUCCAGAGGAGCCCUUCAGUCCCCUCAGCCCCAGGAGCCCCUCCUACAUGGCUGAGGGUGAGGAGUGCCAAUCAGAAGGUACAAGCUCGAUUACUGAGAGGACUGAGUCUCUAAACCGCUCCGUAAAAAAAAUGAACAGCAUAAAGAAGACCCAACCUCCCACGAUUAUCUCGAAGUUAGAUGGCAGACUGGAGCAGUACAACCAUGCCAUUGAGGAGUCCUGUAAAGAGGGCAAUGUAGUCAAGGUAAUGGACGUCCCAACACCACCAGAACCUGUAUCUGCUCGGAAGACCCUGUUUGAGGCGGGAGAGGCCUGGAAUCAGAAUUCAACAAAGGCUGUGUCCUCCAAGGAUACAGAGGGAAUGAAAGUGGGUGUGGCAGAUCUGAUUAACCAAUGGGUGAAAGGAAACAGUGAUGUCAGCACCAAGAGCUCCUCCUCCAAAGCAGCUUGUCAGGAUGUUAAGGCUGGUGAGGUGCGUAACAUAAAAUCCAUAUGGGAGAAUCUGGGAGACGCCUCAUCACAGGAUAAACCAAAUGCAAAGGGAGUUUCUGGGAAAAGGUGCAAAUUUGUUGAGAGUGGGCACGGGAAAUAUGAGAAGGUCUUCAUUAAUAACGACACAAACUGAAGAACAACUGGAUGCCAAUCACAAAGAUGUCUGAAGACAGGAUGCUGAUAUGAUCAUUGUCCUUCAGUUAUUGCACUGUCAAAAAUUUAAACCCACUAAAAUUGAAAACUUGUUUUAAUUGCUGCCUCAAGUUUUAAGUAAAAUCAAAGUGGUGCCAAGGCCACAGACUAAUGAAGAAAAUCAAGUUGAAACUUUAAAAAACUAAUAUAAAUCAAGUACAAGUGACAGAAAUUAAUGUUCAAAGUUAAAUGUUUGGAAACAGAGAUGCUGUUGUAAUGAUGGAAAAAUUAUAGUGGGGUUUUUAGUUAUUGUUUAAAACAUCUCAUUUAUGUGUAAAUCUAAAUGUGUCCAAUCCUGCUCCUGGAGAGCCACUGUCCUAAUUUUUGUCAAAACAAAAAAAAAAAAAAAAGUAUUUUUCCACUUACACAUGUAUUAUGUCAGGGAUUUUCAGUUCAGUGACUGUCUAGGUGUUUAGUACAGAUGGAGGAACAACACCAGUCAGUAUUAAAUACAAAAUGCAGUCCUGAAGUGGUUAUCAGAAAUAAUCUGAUUUGUCAUUUUAGAAAGUACUAUAUAUUCAUUUACUGAA